UGUCAUCUGACAAAAUUUACAUGUGUUUCUUUGAUCUACGGAGUUUAUAACCUCAAUUAUUUUUAUACGAAAAUUAGUUUACAAAAUAAAUAUAAUUAUAUUUUAAACCCGAAUAAAAUAUUUUAAUAUACUAUACUUAUAAAGAUUUUCUUGUGUUAUAUAUACACAAAAUUAACUAUUAUGGUGAAUAUUGGUUAUUGUCCUACUCAAAUUGGCAAUAUUUACACACUUUACAAAUUAUAAAUUUUGUAUUGUGGCCGCAAACAAAAAUAAUUUAGAUCGAUAAUGUUUUCGACCGAAAAAUUUUUGAGAAAUGUGCCUUCUUAAGUUCGCAAAUCUUAGAACCGUCAUCAACAGAAAAUCUAGAUUUAAUAUACUUUUUUCAAAAUGUAUUUUUACAAGAAACUUUACUGAUAUAUCUUCAGACAUUCCUGAAGUAUCAUCAGCCUUAAUUAAACGUGUUUUAAAAAGCAAUAACAUUGGUUAUGAAGAAGGGUAUGCAUGUUUUAUGACUGAAUGUGUGUUAUGUAAGAAAAAUGCCAAAAAUCCAAACAGAACUUACAUUAACAAAACUACUGGUAUGUACAUGUGUAGCAACUGUAAAACAACAGGAGAUUGGAAUGAAUUUCAGUUACACAUUGAUCGUAAAAAGAAAUCAAAAAAAGACAGAUAUUUGGAUAACGUGAUAGAUAAAAGGGAACUCUUAGCCGAAGCUCUGAGAAGAGUACAAGAAGACUCUACAAAAUUAAUGGUAUCAGAUGACUUGCAUGAAAUCCUUCACAAGUUUAAACUUCCAAUAGUAUCAAACACAUCUAUUGAAAAAUUAGACAUAAGAUUGAACCACAACAAUAAUAAAUUAUAUUUUCCUUUAGAAAAUGCAGAGACUGAAUUAGUUGGAUAUAGAGUAUUCACAACAAAUGCCAAAGAAGAAGUGAUUCCUGGUUUAGAGUAUGGCGGAAUUUUGAUUUCAAGAAAUCUAAAGAGCAAAGACACCGCCAUUCUUGUUCCAAAUGUAUCGGAUUUUUUGGUACUUGUUAAUUCAAAUUUACCUGGCAAUAUUGUAUGUUUACCCAACGGUGUUCACAACUUAUCACAGUAUAUUUUACCCAGUUUGGAAAGAUUUAAGAAGUUAAUAUUGUGGUUGGGCAAUGAUAUGAAAAGUUGGGAUUCUGCAAGGCAUUUUUCAAAGAAACUAGGACAAAAAAGAUGCCAAUUUAUAAGGCCAUCUGAAAAAAAUAAUCUACCUCAUUUAGUGAAGGAAUCUGAAUUAAAAAUUAUAUUGAACACUGCUCAACCUGUAGUUCAUAAAUCUAUUACGACCUUCUCAAGUCUGAGAGCAGAUGUGUUAUCUGACUUGCAAAAUAUUGAAAAAGUUCAAGGGGUGAAAUGGAAACGAUUUCCGACAUUAACCAAAAUACUUAAAGGGCACAGGCGUGGCGAAUUAACGGUAAUAACCGGACCAACAGGCAGUGGUAAAACGACAUUUAUAAGUGAAUAUUCUUUAGACUUGGCCAUGCAGGAUGUAAACACAUUAUGGGGCAGCUUUGAAAUUAGAAACGCAAGAUUAGCAAGAACGAUGUUACAACAAAUGGCAGGCCUUCAACUAGAUAAAAAUUUGCAUUUAUUUGAUCACUGGGCAGAUGAAUUUGAAAAACUUCCAAUAUAUUUUAUGACUUUCCAUGGGCAACAAAGUAUUAAAGUUGUAAUGGAGGCUGUGGAACAUGCAACAUAUGUACAUGAUAUAUCACACGUAAUAAUUGAUAACGUGCAGUUUAUGAUGGGCAUGACGGAAGAACAGCGUCACAUGGAUCGGUUUUGGAAGCAGGAUGCGAUCAUAGCGGCAUUUCGUACUUUUGCCACAAAGAAAAAUUGUCACGUCACGUUAGUCAUUCAUCCAAGAAAAGAACGAGAAGACGAAGAUCUGACCACCAGUUCUAUAUUUGGGGGUGCCAAAGCCUCACAGGAGGCUGACAAUGUACUUAUUAUACAGGACAAAAGGUUGACGUCUGUUAGAGGAAAGAAGUAUUUGCAGGUUGCAAAAAAUCGAUAUAGUGGAGAUCUGGGAAUAAUGACCUUAGAUUUUGACAAAUCUAGUUUUAGUUUUGGAGGUAAAAAAAUCAGAAAAUCAGAAGAAAUAACGGAAACGACUGAUACGUCACCAUAACUGUUAAGUUACAAGUGCCAUUUUUAAUAUAUUAAAUUUUUAUAUAUUUUAUAAUACAAUAAUAGUAUAAAGAAAGCA